AUGCUGACCACCCUGUGGCUGCUGCUCAGCUUUGUGGUCCCACUGCCAGGGUUCUAUGUUUCCAUCAGCUGUCCCCAUGGCAAGCAGUGCCAGCGGGCCCUUCUUUCCAACAAUGAUGUCCUUCUGUACUGCAACUCCUCUGGGGCACAGUGGUACUACUUCCUGCAAGAUGGGACCAACUGGUCCAGCCCUGCCUUCAGUGUUUCGAACAUAGAAACAAUGCCUGAAGGCGGCAUUCUCAUUAGAAAUCCAUUGCCAUCCCAGACAGGCUUCUACAACUGUAUUGACAAGGAAGGCAUCCAAGUGGUACAGUAUGAGAUUGACUUCCAGGAUGUGAGCACCCUGCACAUUACGCACAGAGAUCUGGGCCAAAAGCCCUUGCAGAAUGAGACCCUGAGACUUGGCCACAAGGAGCUCAUCUUCACCCACUGGGACCCCUGGCAGGACUGUAACCGCUGUGGGGAGCCAGGUGAACGGAAACGCCUAGGGUACUGCUACAUCCAGGAACCCCUGGAGAAGCCCAUACCCUGCUCAAUCUACCUGGGUAGUGCUCGUCUUCAGACCAGGCGCAUGCGGCCUGAGAUGCAGAUAGAAGCCUGCUAUAUCCAAUGUAAAACAUCAGAUGUGGAGAACGUUAUUUUUGACAGCUUUGAGCUCAGUGAGGAGUCAGGAUCUGCGUGGCUCACUUGCCCCUUAGGAUCGAUCUACAGGCCCAUCAUCUGGGAAUCCGACAGCACACCCCUGACCUGGCAGGGCCAGCUCUCUGGCCAGGACGUGAGCACUGUCCUGGACCCCUCCAGUGGCGGCAGGCGACUGCAGGUCUUCCAGCCAGCCAUUUACAGGUGCUUCGUGCAGCAGGAGUUCAUGGCUCGAUUCAACCCCAGGCCCAAUUUGGAUACUCUGGAGGUUCUGCGGAGAGAGGAAGCUAGACAACAGCAGGAAGCAGAGGAGGCUUGGAAGGGGAAGGAGGACUCUGUCCUCCAGGGGCUAAAACUGAUGUUGCUGGUGGGCACUGUCCUUGGCCUGUUUGGGGUGCUGCAGAAGCUCUUCUGCCCUUCACGGAGUAGAAGAAGCAAUCAGGUGCUACUGGUGAAAUAAAGUGAGCCCACAGUGCUCAGGAGA